UGAGCGAUCAUCAUGUCGGCGUGGCAAUAGCGGGGACGAUGGUGUUGCUGGGGUUUUAAGCCUCGAAUCGAAUCGGAGAGGUGGGGAUACUGUUGGAGUUGGGGGGAGGAAGAAGAGGAGGAAGAGGAAGAGGAGGAGGCGCAAAUGGUUUCGCUCUCGACGUGGGUUCGUUACGCCGUGAACAAGUUCGAAUACUCCCUCUCCCUUAGUUGGAAGAAGUAUAAUGUUGGCCAGAUCAAUGCAAGGGAGCUUAGUGAUGCACUUUGGAAGAACUUUUUCCAAGGCAAGCUGACUUUCAUGCAUUGGACCAAAGGAGAAGAAAUGGUGCCUACUAUUACUGCAAAUGGUGGAACUCUUCUUGUCAGAAAGCUGCCUUCUCCAACACCUACGCAAGUUUUUGUUGGAGAUGUUGUGCUGAUAAAAGAUCCUGAGAAAUCUAAUGACUAUAUCAUUCGAAGAUUGGCUGCUAUAGAAGGUUACGAGAUGGUUUCAACUGAUGAGAAAGAUGAGCCGUUUGUUUUAGAAAAGGAUCAGUGUUGGGUUCUGUCAGAUAAUUCAUCUUUAAAGCCAAAGGAAGCGAGAGACAGCCGAUUGUUUGGACCUGUGCCAAUGACCGACAUUCUUGGUAGAGUUAUAUAUGCCUUGCAAUCUGCUGUUGAUCAUGGUCCGGUGCAUAACAGUCAUUUUGCUAUGAACCAAGACGCAUCAGUUUUGGCAGUGGAGUUGGAUGUUGAAGAGAUGGCAAAGAGUAGGAAAGCAUAGAUAAUGCCUGCUGGAUCUGCUACUCUGUUCUUCCACUCAUGGCCUUUUCCUAUGGUGGUGCUGCUGCUUCAAAGUGAAACAAAUCAGACUUGCUGAACCCUUUGCUGGCUGAGAGGAUAAAUUAUCGUGCAAUUUUAUCAUGGUUGAACAAAAGAAAACAAUGCGGAAUGCGGAAUAUAUAUCUUCUUUGAUUUCUUACUGGUCUGUGCAACAUUUUAUGCGAGUUAUUUUUUAGGGCAUUAUAAAGCCUUGUAAACUUGCUGAUAUGGAACUAGUUUAUGAUCAGGAUGAGCUGUCAUUGUGUUUUCAUUUGUAUGGUCUGAUAGAAAGUGAAUAUUGACCUUUGUGGUUUGUACUCUGGACUUCAA